CUCCUGCUGCCGCACUUUCACUCUCCGCAGUCGCAUCCCCUCCGCGUCCUGCCUCCGUCCGCCCGCCGCCCGCUCUUGCCAUGGAUGCCAAGAUCGUCGCUGUGCUGGCCCUCGUGCUGGCUGCGCUGUGCCUCAGCGACGGGAAACCGGUCAGCCUGAGCUACAGAUGCCCUUGCCGAUUCUUUGAGAGCCAUGUCGCCAGAGCCAAUGUCAAGCAUCUCAAAAUCCUCAACACUCCGAAUUGUGCCCUUCAGAUCGUGGCAAGGCUGAAGAACAACAAUAGACAAGUGUGCAUCGACCCGAAAUUGAAGUGGAUUCAGGAAUACCUGGAGAAAGCUUUAAACAAGAGGUUCAAGAUGUGAGAGGCGCAGGUUGGGUCAGACGCCUGAGGAAACCUUACAGUAGGAGCCCAGGUCUGAAAUCAGUGUUAGGAAGGGUCUGUAGCCACUCCCCUGCACCCAGGCAGGCCUGAAUGCAUUUCCAAGGGCCUUGUCUUGCACAGUUUGCCUUACUUCACCAUUUGAUUAUGUAGCAAAAUAUAUGGCGUUUACUUCUCAUUUAGUCUGAUUAUCCAGUGUCACUGGCGACAGAUAGGAACUUAGAUUAAGGCCAUUCUUUUACCUGCUUUGUUAUAAUAUCCUUCCCACGGAACCGCUUAUCUAGCCAGAGGUUUCUGAGCUGUGCAGGCUGGAACCCCAGACCGAGGGAGCCUUGCCCACAUCACCAUGUCCAGGCUGGAGAGCCACCAGGAGGUGUCAGCACCAGUCAGCGUGGGCAGACCUUAGUGAAGGCUGCCCUGUGCAGGG